AUGACCGAACAACUGGCAACGUUUCGGUACGCCUGGGUCGAUGCCGACCCGACCAGUCAGUCGCUUGUUCCUUCGAGCACGUGGUGGUGGAGCCAGCAGUACACGGCAGCAGGAAUUGUGAAGGAGUUGGAGGUGUUCAAUUCCCUGCAAAGCCUGCAACUGUACAUCACGCAUGGGGAGGACGACCUUUACGUUCAAUGCAGCAAUGUUGCGGCGGCUUGUGCGUGGCUACGGGAAGCCUUUUCCCAGGAGAUUCGCUCCGGACAAGAAGAGCGGGCAAGAUCCUCCAGCUUGGGGAGCGCCCUGUUUGGCGUCUGCAGCCAGCCGACUGUGGCAGAAGACUUCGUACCCGAGAGCGCUUCGGACGAGUGUCCUCCUGCAGGCACUGAAGCCGCUGAAGCUUCGACGAGGCUCCGUGACCUUGGAGAUUGCCUCGCGCAUGAUGAGACUUCAAAGGUUCAGUACAUGCAUGGCGACCUCUACAGUCAGCUGGCCCGUCACAACCCCUGGAGAUGGAGCUACCUUCGCAGCCCUGAGCAAGCAGCCAAAGAAUUAGAUGAGCAGCCUCAGGCGCGGAAGGUCUUGCUCCGAGUGGCAUCGCCCACGCAAAGGCUGCAGAAGAUGUUUCCAAGCCCGGCUUCUGCAGCGGUGUGGAUUCGCAGGAGAUUGGUGAAUUCCAGCGAUCCAGCCCUGGACGAAGAACGCUUAUGCGUGAUAUGCCUGACACAGCCGCGCAAUGUGCUUCUCAUGCCUUGCCGCCAUGCCGUGCUGUGCGAAGAAUGCCUGGAGAUCAUCAUGCAGCGCAGACCCAGCGAGUGUCCAAUUUGCCGGAGGCGUAUCCAGAACCAUGCACGUGGCCGCUUCAUUGACGACUAUGUGGAGCUAGUUUUAGCCGCCGAGGCUCGGAUGGAGCUUUCACAGCUGCAGGCCUAUGAAGGCAUGUACAACCAUAUUCGGCCUCUAAUGGUCACCGGUGCCUUGCUCGCGUCUGGAGCCGCAGCUUGCUUUGUGGUCGCCCCUCCACUGGCACCAGUCGUAGCACCAGCAUUGCUCACCGGCGCCACUGUGCUCGGUUACCUGCCCUGGUUCGCAACCACUGUCGCGCACUUCGAGAGUGAGGACAUGGCCGAUUCAACACUCCAGAACCGCAUUUUCUCACAGGAGGACUUGACAAGCCCUCUUACACUAGUAACCAAGUCGGCAGUACUCCUUGUGGCAGCACCAGUCGCUGGUGUGGUAUUCUUCCUCCCCUAUGGGAUUUAUGCCGGAGUGCUGCGUCCGCUUACACGGCUGACGCUCCAAGGGCUCGUGAGAGCUGCCUGUCUGACGCAUGUCUAUGUCCUAAGGCCUGCGGCUUCAAUGGCGGCAGCUGUCUGGGAGUUUCUUUCUGGCACAGGAAGUGCAUUCGGAGAUGGGUUCAUGGCCUGCCUCAAGUCUCUGUAUGACAGGGUGUUGUGCCCUCUGGGCUCAGGCUUGAAGUGGCUGGGACAGCGUUUGGUGGACGUGGCCCAGUGGACUUAUCGAGGCGUGAUGAUGCCGGUAUGGAAUGCCACUUGCUGGUUCGCAGAAGCUGCAUACAAGAAUGUCCUUCUACCCAGCGCUCAGGCAGCCUGGAAUGCGAUUCAGGCCGCUGCCCAGGCAACUUACACCUACGUUUUGGCACCUGCUGGGCGUGGCCUGGCUGCCAUGGCAGAAAAUCUGGGCGGAGUGCUCACCGUUUGCGCUGAAGGCCUCUAUGCAUACAUAUUGCUGCCCACAGGACAAGCCGCUUGGGCUGGCCUGAAGGCAUUGUGCUACGGUGUGGGAGCUGCUGCACAUGGCACCUAUGAGCACAUGCUGGUCCCCUUCGCGAGUGCUCUUGCAUCUGCGCUGAAAGCUUUCGGACGCUGCCUGGGAUCAAGCGCAGAGGCUUUGUAUGGAUAUGUUCUUCAGCCUCUAGGAAGCGGCAUCUAUGCCUAUGUCUUGGCACCUGCUGCCUUGGCCGGGCGCGCUGUUGCGGGAGCUAUCUGGCAUGGAGCGGGAAUGGCUGUAUCUGCAGUUGGUCAACUUGCACAACUUGGCUAUGCCUAUGUCUUGGUACCGGUCGGCCAUGCCAUAGGGGCUACUGGCACAGCUCUAUGGUACGCAUCCAGUGCAGUGGCUGCUGCAGCUGUCCUUUUCGCGCAGGCGGGAUAUGCCACGGUGAUCCGCCCCUGUGCGAAUGCCAUCGUUGCCGUCGCAGAAGGCACCUACAGAACCGUACUGCGUCCGUGUGGCCUAGCAUUGGCUGCCGCUGCCCAAUCCGUUGGUCAGGCAGUGCUGGCAGUUGCCCAGGUAAGCGGCCAUGUGAUCUAUGCCUAUGUCAUUUGCCCAGUCGGCCAGGCCAGCCAGGCUGCUCUCCUCGCAGCAAGAGAGGCAGUGCAGCAGUGCAGUGCAACCGCAAGAAGCACUGGCCAAACUGUCCGUGUCACCAUCCAAAGUCUAGUGAGACGCUAG